CCAGCUUCCUCCUCCGCCCUCCCUCUUAUCAACAUCCCUUCCAUACGCUCCGCACGCUCUGCUCGGCCAGUCUCUGUCUUAUACUGCAUAGGACGGAUAUGAAUGAUGGCCGCGCAAGCUCUUAAUCCGCCUCCACCCCCGGCAUGGGUUGUCAGGCUAAACACCCCGAUGCCGCGCCCAACCAAAGAGGCCGCCAGCAUCCCCGAUCCUCCAGGUUUCUCGAAGAAAACGGGCGGUAAAAAUCGUGCGCAGCAGUCUUCAACAACCGCCGCCCCAACCAAACCCGAGGACACCGAUACCUUGAAACUAAAGAAGGCCUGGGAGAUUGCUCUGGCUCCCUCAAAGCAGAUUCCCAUGAAUGCGAUCAUGAUGUACAUGUCUGGAAACAGUCUCCAGAUCUUCAGUAUCAUGAUGGUCUUCAUGCUCUUCAAGGGCCCUAUCCAAGGCCUCAUCAACACCAACACUGUCUUCACCAAAUUCGAAACUGAAGGGACUCGGGGCAAGCUCCUGGGCGUAAAGGCCAUCUAUGUAGUGAUGCAGCUAGUGUUGCUGUGCUUGGGUGUAUGGAAGGUCAAUGCAAUGGGCCUUUUGCCGACUACGAGAUCGGACUGGUUAGCUUGGGAAUCAGAACGUCAACCGUUGGAGCCGGCUUAUUUCACAUUUGGAUGAUUCCCCGAAGUAUAACUCUUUAGGUACAUACUAUCAGUACACAAAGUAUGGAAAUGCUGUAAUGGUAAUAUUCAGCGAUGUUUUCGUGCAAAGGGAUUAUUGGUAUUGUCUUGAAUUGCUUCCUAUAUUCGUUUUGGGUUCAAUAUAUAAA